CACAGUUCACGCAAUAAUCAAUAAUGGCGGAGCUCUCCACCACCAGUGCAAGUACACAAGGAGAAUCCAGCAUCCAGGAUGAAGAUGGUGAUUUUGAGCCAUCUGCAGACAUGCUAGUCCAUGACUUUGAUGAUGAACAGACCCUGGAGGAAGAAGAGAUGCUACAAGGAGAGACUAACUUUAGUACUGAGAUAGAUGACCUUACUCGAGAAGGAGAGAUGCCCAUCCAUGAGUUGCUAAAGAUGUAUGGUUAUGGUGGGGCAGACUCAGCCGAAGAGGAUGACGGAGGAACAGUCGAGCAGUGUGUCUCAGAGGGCCACCAGAGCAACACAGCCCAAGAGAAAGUCCACGAGGAGGCCUCUGUGGUGUGCGUUCAAGGGGAUGACUCCCACUCAUCUAGUGAUGACUCUGCAUACUACAACAGGGCACUCAGCACAGCUCAGCUCAUCUGCUCUGAGCCUGGCAGCUACUUUGACGGUAACAAUGCGGGUGAGUCAGAGGAUGAGGAUUAUAUUCCAUGUGAAGAAUGGAAGAAGGAUGUUAUGGUUGGGCCAAUGUACCAGGCUGAGACACCUGCUGGUCUGUGCAAAUAUAAAGAAAACGAAAAGGCAUAUGAGAAUGAUGAUCAGCUAUUGUGGAAUCCAGAGCUGUUACCAGAGAAGGAGGUAGUGGAAUAUUUAGCUGAGGCUUCCAAACGCAUCGAAGAGGAGACUGGUGUAGAGACCCUUCCAGAGAGGCCUCUUAUGAAAGACAACGAGCAGGCUCUCUAUGAGUUAGUAAAAUGCAACUUUAACAAAGAAGAAGCUUUGAAAAGAUUAAAGUUCAAAAUAAAGCCUGCUAAAGAAGAGCUGUUACUUUGGUCAGAAGAGGAAUGUCAGGAUUUUGAACAAGUAGAUGAAGCCUAUGGAAACAAUCUAAACUAUGUACAGGCCAACAAACAAAUGAAACUGUGGCAAAGAAAACCAAGCCUUCCUCAUUGUGACAUGGACCCUGCAGACCGCUUGCUGGGAGAGGCAGAGAGCAGUGAGGUCAGCCAAGCACUUGCUCCUCCUGCUGGACCUUCUAGCUGCAGCAGCACCACACACAGCUGUGGUGAUUCUCAGUGUUCUGGGCAACUCCUUGCCUGCAUUAAUGACCCCCUAUCUGACAAUAGCCACACAAAUGGCUCCUCACGUGUUCCAGAUCUUUCUACACCAGACGCAGCGUUCCACUAAGGCUCUGAUCCUGACACCAGCAGCCUGAGUGUAGAAGCUGUUAACAGGCUGGCCAGACAGAAGGAGGACGAGGAGGGCUCAGAUAGGCCCCUGAAAAGGCCAAAGACUGAGGUGGAGCUUCACCCUACACUUGUCACAGGCACGAUGGAGGCAGUCUGACCUAGCAGCAGCACUGCUCCAAGAAGGAAACGAGGGUACAUACAUUUCGCUGAAUUUCUUGGAUUCUGUUUGAAAAAUUCUGCCGUCUGUGACUAGGCUCAUCUAAUUCCCCCAAAGUAUCAUACCUUAGCAACCCAAAGGUUAAUGUAAGCUUUCUUUGUAAUUUGAGUGUUCUGUGUAAAGUCAGAAGAGCUUUAAGCACCACACCACCACAUCGCACUUAGCUUUUAACUGCCACCUCUAAAGAACUUUUAAUGUAUAUGUUACUGGACUUGGGUUUAUAACGAUGCAUACAUAUUUAUAAAUAGAUUAAAAGAUAACAAGUAAAGAAAUGCUUUUUUGAGUGAAAAAGUGGCCUGGUAUCUAAGAAAACAACUAGAAAAUGUAACUUAGAACUGCAUUUCUUUUAAAAUAUGAUACAACACCAGUAACUCUGACAAAAAAAAAAAACCUUUACCCAUUGUCUGCACAAACCAUUUUCAACAAUUUGAUUUUAUAAAAAAUAAUGAAGCAUAUUGAUCUUAUGUUUGACCUGUACCUUUUUAAUGUUGGAAUGUUUAACCAUGUAAAGAGAAUGUUUUUUUCAGUAUUACUGCUGAAAGGUUCUUUGUAAGGAAAUAUGUCCAUAUUUUUUAUAUUUGAUAACUAUAUAUAUUUUGUAUAUGAUUAUGAUGGAGCAUGGGUUUAGCACAGAAGGUGCAGAAGGGCAUUGUAAGACUGGUGCUAUUUAUUUCUUAUGUGCUAUGUGUAUCUGCCUCAGUGCUAUUGUUUGUUUUGUACCAUUUUCUAAGGUUAUUCAUUGAUCUAAUUUGAUAGAUUUUUAGUUUUUACAAACUGUUAAGGUAAUGGUGAUGGUAGGUUGUCUUAAUAGAUCUUUUACAACUAAGUCGUGGCUCAUUAAAUUGGUUUCUAUUUUCCACAUUUAAUUUGUGGACAUUUUAUGCUAAAUAAACUUCAAAAUGGA